AUGGCUCAAUUCCAGGCAGCCGUACCGAAGACGAAACUUGGCCGUUACCGCCAGCUUGCCCCGCUGGCCGGUUUACAUGUCUCGCCCAUUGUCCUUGGAGCCAUGAGCAUCGGGAACACGUCUGGGGCAACCGUCGGGUCCGCGGUCGACAAGGACACUAGUUUCAAGUUCCUCGACGCUUACUUUGACGCAGGGGGCAACUUCAUCGAUACCGCAAAUUACUAUCUGGAGGGGUCGUCUGAGGAGGUCAUAGGCGAGUGGAUGGAGUUCCGUGGUAUCCGCGACCAGGUCGUGUUGGCCACCAAGUACACCUUGCCUUUCAAGUUCAAGGAAGAGAACAUCACGCAAAGGGUAAAUUUCAUUGGCAACAACAUGAAGAGCCUGCACGUCUCGGUCGAGAGUUCGCUUAAGAAGCUGCGCACCAACUACAUCGAUAUUCUCUACGUCCAUCUUUGGGACUGGACAUGCGGUGUUGAAGAAAUCGUCAAUGGCCUUCACCAUCUCGUCGCUGCGGGAAAGGUCCUCUAUCUUGGAAUUUCAGACACUCCAGCCUGGAUCGUGUCCAAAGCGAACAUGUACGCCCGCCAGACCGGGAAGACACCGUUCGCCGUCUACCAAGGCGCAUGGAGCGUCGUCUAUCGCGACAUUGAACGAGACAUUGUCCCCAUGGUCAAGGCCGAGGGCAUGGCCCUUUGCCCGUUCGGCGUCCUCGGCGCUGGCAAGAUCCGCACCGACGCCGAGGAGGAAAGUCGCCGUGAGACCGGCGUGAAGGGCUGGGAGCGAUCCGAGGCGGAGAAGACGAUUGCGAAGGUGCUCGAAGGAGUCGCCGCCGAGGUCGGAGCCAACACUAUCCAGGCUGUCGCCAUCGCAUACGUAAUGCAAAAGAUGCCCUACGUAUUCCCCAUCAUCGGAGGGCGCAAAGUCGAGCAGCUGCAUGCGAACAUUCAGGCCCUCGACAUCGUGCUCACUCCGGAGCAUAUCAAGAGACUCGAAGAUGCAUUGCCGUUCGAUCCUGGCUUCCCCAUCAAAUUCAUCGGUGACGGUUCGGCGUACGCGCCUUUCUACUCUAUGGCGGCCCAGUUUGAUAAGUGGCCCGCCCCUCAGCCGAUCCGUCUGUCCACAAACUAA